CGUCUCUCCUCUCGCGCGCUAUGAUCAUACAGUGAAUGAAGCUCUAGCGUGGGAAAGACGAACGGGAUACGAGCAACGCUGACAUGGAUCCAGUGUAACAUCACUGCAAUAGCUGUUAUUGCGUUAUCAAUAGACCAGCGUUCACUCUUCAUUUAACUCGAGUCUGAAGAUGAUGCGUCUGAUCACAGCCAAAUCACAUCUGUUCAUCGCACAGCUGUGGCUCAUCUGUCACACAGAUCUGGCCACGCCGUACCUAAGAGGGCAGCGCAAAUUCACAGAGGACGUUGACUGGUCUUACACAGGGGCCCUAAACCAGAAGCAUUGGACAAAGAAAUAUCCAGUCUGUGGCAAUGCCAGACAGUCUCCCAUUGACAUCAGUGAGGAGUUCACUCAGGUUAGGAUGCAGUACCAGAACCUGCAGCUGGAGAACUGGGAACAGCCCACCGCCGAUUCCACCACCAUCACCAAUGAUGGCAAAACAGUGGUAAUCAGUCUGAACGGUCAGUACUUCAUAAGUGGAGGUGGGCUCAGAUCCAGGUUUAAAGUGGGCAGGAUCACGUUCCAUUGGGGCCGAUGUAACGCCACUGCAGACGGCUCUGAACACAGCCUCAACGGCAACAGCUUCCCUCUGGAGAUGCAGAUAUAUUGUUUUGAAGAAGAGGAGUUUGAAUCCAUAGACGAGGCGAUAAGUAGCGGAGGAAAGAUAGCUGCUGUAGCUGUCUUCUUUGAGGCCAGCAUUGAAGACAACCAGGAUUAUGUGGCCAUCAUUGACGGGGUGAACAGCGUGAGCCGAUUUGGUAAAAGCAGCCCUCUGGAAGCGUUUUCUUUGCUGCCUCUGCUUCCACAGUCCCCCGAAAAAUACUUCAUGUACAAUGGCUCACUCACCGCGCCACCCUGCUCGGAGAACGUGGAGUGGAUCGUGUUUAAAAACACAGUGGCCAUCUCAGAAACCCAGCUGGAGGUCUUCUGUGAGGUGAUGACCAUACAGCAGGCCGGAUACGUCAUGUUGACCGACUACCUGCAAAAUAACUAUAGAGAACAACAACAGCAGUUCAUGGGACAAGUGUUUUCAUCCUACACAGGCACAGAGGAAGUCCCUGCACCCAUGUGCAGCUCGGAACCGCAGAACGUGCAGGCAGACUCUGAGAACUACACCGGCAUCGUGGUGACGUGGGAGAGGCCACGGGCCGUCUAUGACACCACUAUCGAGCGCUACUCCGUCACCUACCAAAGACUCCAGGGCAAAGACCCACCCGAACAACAGUAUCUGACAGAUGGAGACCAGGAUGUGGGGGCCAUUAUUCAUAAUCUGCUAGCGAACAGUAGCUAUGUUGUCCAAGUGGUGGCGCUGUGCAUGAAUGGCUUGACUGGAAAAAUGAGUGACCAGGUUAUUGUGGACAUGCCUCUUGAAGACCCUGUAAAUGAGCCUGAUCCAUUUGGUGAUUUAACAGAAUCAGAGGAAUAUAAUGAGGGAACAUCUCCCCCUCCUUCCAAGUCUCCGCCCAGCCGGACCCUCAUCCGUGAUUCCGGAAGUUCCAUCUCUAUCACCACAGCGACAGACCAACCAGGCUUCCUUUUUCCCGUUGUCAGGACAACCCCCAUUACAGUCAGAGGAAAAAUUACAGAGGAGUCUUCACUGUCAUGGUCACCUGACCAAAAUAAGACCGGAAAUGAAACCAAGCGGCCACUGAGCAAACUCAUCCCAGAGGAGAGCGGCCACCUUCCUCACAGCAACAUGGUGGUCACAGAGGUCUACUAUGAGGACGUCAUCAACACCAGCACCACAAAAGCCUCACCAGAUCUGAACAACAACCUUCUCACUGCAUCGCCAGAUGCUCAGGACCAAGAGACCUCAGUCAGGACAACCAAAUCUUCAUCAACUUCUGCAUUUGGACGACUGGUGCCAAAACAGCCAGUGAAGACGACCACCAUCACCCCUGCAGUAAAUGCAACUUCAACCGCUAAUGCAAGCACUGCGACUACUGGAUCAUCUAUGAAGAUCAUUUCUCAGACCACUCAGCCCCUGUUUAACGCCACAUCGCUCAGUAAUCAAAGGCUAUCAACGGCUCGAGAUGCCACAAAUCUCAAUGUAUACUCCACCCGCUACCCAACCGUCUUUUUGGAUGAGGGAUCUGCCCAAGUACCUUCUUCAGACGGGCAGGGAGAGAUCAGCGGAUCAGGGUCCGCGAUCUUCCUGGAGGAGCUCGACCGGGAAUGGGAGCUCGGACAAACCCGGUCGGCUCCCAAAGACUCAGAUCUGAGCAAAACUGGAGAUGAAAAUAAUGAAGGACUGUCCUCUACUUUCUACUUUGAGAGCGAGCGAGAGGAUGCCACCACCGAAGAACCAGAAAACCAGGCUUUACUCUCAUGGGUGACCUGGUCAGCUGAAUCUGACACUGGCUCAGGUCAAGGAGGGUCAGUGACCUCUCAAAUCGAUGAUAUUCCCAUACAACUCAUAAUUCCUGAACUCACUGUCCGAGAGUCAGAGGAAGACCAGAAUACAGAGGCGAGUAACAGCAGUCCGGAGUCUCGUGUCGGGAUGGUGGAAGGAACAGAGAAAGAGAAAAGGACCGUUGUUCCUCUGGCUGUGAUAUCCACACUCACUACCCUGUGUUUGCUGGUGCUGGUGGGCAUUCUCAUCUACUGGAGGAGAUGCUUUCAAACGGCACAUUUUUAUGUAGAGGACAACAAUUCAGCCCGUGCCAUAUCAGCCCCAUCAACCCCUCUUCUGCUACCUACAGAGGAUAAUGAAGCUCUCCCUGUUAAGGAUUUCGUGAAACAUGUUGCUGAUCUUCACGCAAAUCACAUGUUCUCCAAAAAAUUUGAGAUCUUGAAAGAGUCUUACGAGGAGAUUCAGGGCUGUACGGCGGACAUCAGCAUCACUGCGGACAGCUCCAUCCACCCAGACAAUAAGAGCAAGAACAGAUACAUUAAUAUCCUGGCCUAUGAUCACAGUCGAGUUAAACUCUCUCAAAACUCUGACAAAGAUGGAAAGACAGGGGACUACAUUAAUGCCAACUAUGUGGAUGGCUACAAUCAGCCGAAAGCGUAUAUAGCUGCCCAGGGGCCAUUGAAAGGCAGUCUGGAGGACUUCUGGAGGAUGAUAUGGGAGCAAAACGUUGGUGUGAUUGUCAUGAUCACUAACCUGGUGGAGAAGGGCCGGAGAAAGUGUGAUCAAUAUUGGCCCCUUGAGAAUCAGGAAGACUAUGGAUGCUUCCUAGUCACGAUGAAGAGCACCAAAACUCUUGCCUACUACACGCAGAGGACAUUCGCCUUGAGGAACGUUAACGUCAAGAAGGGCUCACAGAAGGGUCGCAGUCAGGAGAGGACGGUGCUUCACUUUCAUUACACUCAGUGGCCCGACAUGGGCGUCCCAGAAUACACGCUUCCCCUGCUGUCUUUUGUGCGGGCGUCCUCACAGGCCAGGACAGCUGAUAUGGGGCCUGUAGUGGUGCAUUGCAGUGCCGGUGUGGGACGAACAGGAACAUACAUUGUGAUCGACAGCAUGUUGAAGCAGAUAAAGGAGGAAAGUACAGUGAACAUAAUGGGAUUCCUCAAACACAUUCGUACCCAGAGGAACUACCUGGUACAGACAGAGGAGCAGUACGUCUUCAUCCAUGAUGUUUUAGUGGAGGCCAUCAGGGGUAAAGAGACACUGGUCUCAUCUAGUCACAUUCACACAUAUGUGUCUGAUCUCCUCAUACCGGGACCUACAGGAAAGACCCGCCUGGAGAAACAGUUAAAGCUGGUCAGUCAGAGUUGUGCAAAACAGAGUGACUACACAGUGGCUUUGAAGGAGUGCAAUGCAUCUAAAAACAGGACGUCUUGUCUUAUGCCCGUGGAGAGGUCAAGGGUCAGUCUGUCUACAGGACCUGGAGAAUCAUCAGACUACAUCAAUGCCUCUUAUUUAUUGGGGUACCAUGAGAGCCGUGAGUUCAUCGCUACCCAGAAUCCUCUGCCAAACACCAUACAGGACUUCUGGAGGAUGAUCUGGGAUCACAAUGCACAGAUCAUAGUUUCCCUGCCUGAUACACUGAGCUUGACCAGAGAGGGAGAGUGUGUGUACUGGCCCACUAAAGAACAACCAAUCAGCUGUGAGACCUUCACUGUGACCUUCAGAGGUGAGGACAGCGUGUGCCUGUCCAACGAAGAUUCGCUAGUGGUGCAGGAUUUCAUUUUGGAGGCCCUAAAGGACGAUUACGUGCUGGAGGUGCGUCAGUACCAGACGCCCCGCUGGCCGAACCCCGACAGUCCCAUCAGCAACUCCUUUGAGCUCAUCAACAUCAUCAGAGAAGAAAGCUCGCGUCGAGAGGGACCCAUCAUCAUCCACGAUGGGUCUGGAGGGUCGAGUGCUGGUUUGUUUUGUGCCCUGACCACCCUGGUCAACCAGCUGGAGGAGGAGAACAGUGUGGACGUCUAUCUGACCGCCAGGAUGAUGAACCUCAUGAGGCCGGGGCUCUUCGAUGAUAUUGAACAGUAUCAGUUCCUCUAUAAAGCGAUCCUGAGUUUGGUGAGCACUAAGGAGGAUGAGAGAGCUCUUCACUACUCGGAAAACAACGGCACGGUCCCCGCCAACCCAUCGGAGAGCCUGGAGUCUCUCAUGUAGCGAUACAGACCCUUCACACAAGGAAUUGUACAUUGAAUCAUGAGAAAGUAGUUUUGCUUGAAACCCUCCCAAAGUCUCUACACGGACUAUAUGGGUACAGGAUAUACUGUAAUUUGGUCUUUUAUUGUGCCUUUUUGUUACCUUUGUACUUUGAUAUAAUAUUAUUGUUGUAACUAAUGCCAAAAUUUCUACUCUUUGGAAAAACAGUGACUUCUGUAUUGCUGGUGGUGUCUUAGGUUUAGUUGGACAUAACUGUUGAUGAAAUAUUUAUAAGUAGCAGGGCAAAAGAUUUCAUACGGUAUCUAUUUUGGGGGUAAAAAAAAUCUUUAGAUAGAAAAAAAGCGUUCUUGAAUGUAGCCUCCUAGAACAGAAGAGAGACGUGUGAUUCUAAUAUAUAAAACAUCGGUCACACCGACAGACCAAAAUACAUUUAUAUGACUAGUUUCUUUUUUACUACGUUUGCUUUUGUUAUUGUAGCAACUGAAGGCUUCAUUUUUUUAUUAUAGAAAUUGAAUGAUUUUUCAAAAUAACUAGUUGAUAUGUGUUGUAACAGACAUUUUCAUACAUUUGCUUAUUUCUCUUAACGCAUCCUUUUAGAUCUUAAUCAGCAGCGAAUCUCAACAUUCAGUUAUUUAUCUCCAUAUUUAUCAACCUUUAUUUCAACUGUCUAAUCUUUUAGGCCUUUGGUCAAAAACUAACACAAGACGCACUUGGAUAAAAUAAAGAAAGCACAAUAAAAAUAAACAAAACAAUUUAUUCUA